AUGGCAUCGCCUUAUCCACCAUCUACUGCAUUUUCGCCGUCCGUUGCCUCCGACAUCACUGCGGCGCCUAAUCGAGCGGUCUCUGAUUUGCCGCAAGCCCAGGUAGACGCAAUCAUUCGCACGAAACGCAAGGCCCGCGAGCCCAAAGCCUGCUAUCCAUGCCAUGCGCGCAAGGUCAAAUGCGAUCGUAAUCUACCAUGCGAUGGAUGCGUCAAGCGUGACCAUGCGGAUCUCUGCUCCUACGAACGCCCCUCCAAAAAACGAUCACAGGUCUUCCAGGACAACGCCGUUGCCAGCACGUCGACGCCAUCAGUGUCCGAAUAUCCAGCAACCUAUACGUACGAAGAACCAUCGGUGGAAGUGAAACAAGAACCAAUGUUGCAGCGACCGACCAUCUCCGCUACUCGCAAUGGUCGUGUGUCAAUCGCCCGCGAGGAAUGGGACAAUGUGCGCAACAGAUUGCGCGAAAUGGAGUCCACGAUUUCUACGCUCCGGACAGGCUUGGAGAGGGCAGAAGAGGGCCUCCCAAAUCCAGUAGACACAGGAAGCGUACAGAGUGGCGGAGCAACUCGCCCCUCCCAGGGUACCUCACCGGAACGCGAGGGUAUCCACGCGGCGAAUACUCUAGGCAAAGGCACCGUUCAUUUGGGAUCACGUUCCGUUUUGGCGUAUAUCCUGAACAAUCAGUCUGGGUCCGAUCAACUGCAAGCUCUUCUGGAAGGAGGAAUACUGCCAAAGCUCGGUCUGGAUAACGAGUCUGCAACAUAUCCGUUUGUUGAUCUAUGGUCAUCAGACAUGUCAACGUUCGACAUUAGCGCUGUCUGUAGUGCCCUUCCUACUGACCAGCAAUGCAGAGAAUUGUUCUACUACUAUAAGGACAUAUCCGGGGCCAUAUACCCCGUUAUAGCGGACAUAUUCGAGUUCGAAAAUACCCUAGAGCUUCUACUGCAGACUAGAGCCUCUCUUGGUGGCGAGUAUAGGUCUGACGCAGACGAAGCGCAAAAGCCUUUCGGGGUGAGCAUCGCGUAUUUGGGUUUGCUAUUCGCCAUUCUGGCCUCUGGCUGCCAGUCAUCUGAUUAUGGAAGCAAGGAAAGGGAGUUGACCUCCCAAGUCUAUGUGUGCUGCUCUUAUCAAUGCCUCCGUAUGACCAACUUCCUGUCCCAGCCCACCAUUGAGGCGAUCCAGACUCUUUUGGUGAUAGGAAAUGUAUUGUCUUACAACAUGAAUCCCGGGAUUUCUUACGUCUUGCUUGGCAUGACCCUCCGCAUGGGCUUGGCACUCGGCCUCCACGUGGAGUCAAGUCGAUUCUCAUCAGCCGAACGAUACCGCCGACGACAUGUCUGGUGGUCUAUGGCAUGGCAAGACAGCCACUUUUCACUCUCCUACGAUCGACCUUCUACUACCGCCGUGAGCCAACCAGAUAUCGCUUACAGGGAAGGUUCCCAACCUGGAGACUUAUCUUACUUCGAAUCUCUUUCUCGUGUCAUCUCCCUUGCACUUGAGGUUGUCCGCAUUCGCAUGCUGAGCCCACAUGCGCAGAUGAGCUAUGAGAGUAUCCAAGGUUACAAAGAUCGCAUCCAAAAGAUCAUGGUAGAGGCCAAGCCGUACCUCCGCGAUGCGAGACAUUGUUCUACGCCCACACAACAUCUAGAGCGAGUCGUGCUCAAGUUGCACUCUUCUUACUUUGCCUCUGAGCUCUGCCGGCCAGCGCUCAAGCCCAUGGCUGACUAUAGUGAAGCCGCUGCGGCUACUAUGCGUGGGAAAUGUGUGAAGAACUUGAUGACAACUGUCGAGGCCUAUAUUGAAAUGCACAACAUAAGCUCUCACGCUGCUCGUUCCUGGAUUCUCUUGCAGCGGGCGAUCAGCUGCGCAUUUUUACUCGCUGUCAUUGACGAGGCGAAAGCAGACCCUAAUGCUUGGAAUCUUUUGCAUCAACUCGAAGGCAUCAUCGCCCAAAGGGCAAGUGCCGAACGAGCCUAUGACACCAACGAUCCCGCCACCACAAUGGCCAACAUGACCUCGCCCCAGCAACCUCAAACCCUCGGCACAUACGACCCAAUCACAGGCACCACGACUGCUCCAGGACCUAUUGCUCCGGCGAUGGACCCAACUUCUCCGGUUGGACUGCCCCCUGACACACAAACGCAAUGGGCCAAGUCUCUAGCCAAAACGCAUCGUGCUCUGCAGAAGCUACUCGCCGCAUUUGGUAAUCCACAUACUCGCGGCUCAAUGGGAGGCAGUGGGACGCCUGCCUACCCCGGUUCUCAUCCUCACAUCAACCCUCCUUCCGCGUCUCUGGGGACGAUGGUUCCUCCACACGCAAGCUUGACGCCUAGUGUGGGUUCUCUCCCGCCCCCUACGCCAGAAAGCUCCGGCAGCGGCGAAUGGACAAUGCCCAAUAUAAUGGAUCGCGCGGCGGAGUAUAUCCACCCACCCCUUUGGGGUUAA